AUGAGAAUCCCUAAAGCAGCGUCGGUCAACGACGAACAACACCAGAGAAUCAUCAAGUACGGCCGUGCUCUUGUUCUGGACAUUGUCGAGCAGUACGGCGGCGGCCACCCGGGCUCGGCCAUGGGCGCCAUGGCUAUCGGAAUUGCUCUGUGGAAGUACACCCUCAAGUAUGCUCCCAACGACCCAAACUACUUCAACAGAGACCGGUUUGUCCUGUCGAACGGUCACGUGUGUCUGUUCCAGUACAUCUUCCAGCACCUGUACGGUCUCAAGUCGAUGACCAUGGCGCAGCUGAAGUCGUACCACUCCAACGACUUCCACUCGCUGUGUCCGGGCCACCCAGAAAUCGAGCACGACGCCGUCGAGGUCACCACGGGCCCGCUCGGCCAGGGUAUCUCGAACUCUGUUGGUCUGGCCAUUGCCACCAAGAACCUGGCUGCCACGUACAACAAGCCGGGCUUCGACAUCAUCACCAACAAGGUGUACUGUAUGGUUGGCGAUGCGUGCUUGCAGGAGGGCCCUGCUCUCGAGUCGAUCUCGCUCGCGGGCCACAUGGGGCUGGACAACCUGAUUGUGCUCUACGACAACAACCAGGUCUGCUGUGACGGCAGCGUCGACAUUGCCAACACGGAGGACAUCAGCGCCAAGUUCAAGGCCUGCAACUGGAACGUGAUCGAGGUCGAGAACGCUUCCGAGGACGUGGCUACCAUAGUCAAGGCCCUGGAGUAUGCGCAGGCCGAGAAGCACAGACCUACGCUGAUCAACUGCAGAACGGUGAUUGGGUCGGGCGCAGCGUUCGAGAACCACUGUGCUGCGCACGGUAACGCUCUGGGCGAGGACGGCGUGCGCGAGCUCAAGAUCAAGUACGGCAUGAACCCGGCCCAGAAGUUCUACAUUCCGCAGGACGUGUACGACUUCUUCAAGGAGAAGCCGGCCGAGGGCGACAAGCUCGUGGCCGAGUGGAAGAGCCUGGUGGCCAGGUAUGUCAAAGAGUAUCCCGAGGAGGGCCAGGAGUUUUUAGCACGGGUGAGAGGCGAGCUGCCAAAGAACUGGAAGUCGUUCCUGCCGCAGCAGGAGUUCACGGGCGACGCGCCGACCAGGGCGGCUGCCAGAGAGCUGGUCAGAGCACUGGGACAGAGUUGCAAGUCUGUGCUUGCCGGCUGUGCAGACCUGUCGGUGUCUGUCAAUCUGCAAUGGCCCGGAGUGAAAUAUUUCAUGGACCCCACGCUGUCCACGCAGUGCGGUCUGGGCGGCGACUACUCCGGCAGAUACAUCGAGUACGGAAUCAGAGAGCACGCGAUGUGUGCGAUCGCCAACGGCCUCGCCGCCUACAACAAGGGCACGUUCCUGCCGAUCACGUCGACGUUCUUCAUGUUCUACCUGUACGCGGCCCCGGCCAUCAGAAUGGCCGGCCUGCAGCAGCUCAAGGCGAUCCACAUCGGCACCCACGACUCGAUCAACGAGGGCGAGAACGGCCCUACGCACCAGCCGGUCGAGUCGUCGGCCUUGUUCCGGGCCAUGCCAAACAUCUACUACAUGAGACCGGUCGACUCUGCCGAGGUGUUUGGGCUGUUCCAGAAAGCGGUCGAGCUGCCGUUCAGCUCGAUCCUGUCGCUCUCGAGAAACGAGGUGCUGCAGUACCCGGGCAAGUCGAGCGCAGAGAAGGCGCAGCGCGGCGGGUACAUCCUCGAGGACGCGGAGAACGCCGAGGUGCAGAUCAUCGGAGUUGGUGCAGAGAUGGAGUUUGCGUACAAGGCUGCCAAGAUUUUGGGCAGAAAAUUCAGAACCAGGGUGCUCUCCAUUCCGUGCACGCGGCUGUUUGACGAGCAGUCGAUCGGCUAUAGACGCUCGGUCCUGAGAAAGGACGGCAGACAGGUGCCAACGGUGGUGGUGGACGGCCACGUUGCGUUCGGCUGGGAAAGAUACGCCACGGCGUCCUACUGCAUGAACACGUACGGCAAGUCUCUGCCCCCAGACGUGAUCUACGAGUACUUUGGCUACAACCCGGCCACCAUCGCCAAGAAGGUCGAGGCGUACGUCCGGGCGUGCCAGAGAGACCCGCUGCUGCUCCACGACUUCCUGGACCUGAAGGAAAAGCCUAACCACGAUAAAGUAAAUAAGCUCUGA